AUGGAAACUGCUGAGUUCUAUUACGUUUAUUACUUAGCUCAGGAUUAUUUGCAGUAUGUGCUCCAGGAAUCACACCUCGGACCAGCCCAGACCAGGGUUGCUCAUGUCUUGCGAACCAUUGCAUCUUCCCUGCAAGACCAAACCGAGGAGGCUCUCAGGCCACUCCUGGACAGGAUUGACAUCACCUCUGUAGCUGUUGCCAAGAGAAUUUUCAAUGGAGUCAUGGAUGAAAAGUUUGCUGAUGGAAAUACUAACUGGGGACGAAUUAUGACCAUAUUUACAUUUGGAGGUCUUCUCACCAAGAAGCUUCAAGAGCAUGGAGUUCAGCUGACUGCAGAGGAGAAGGAGGAGAUCUCUUAUUUCAUCACAGAGUACAUCAUAAACAACAAAGCUGAAUGGAUUGAUGCAAAUGGUGGCUGGGAAAAUGGCUUCCUAACAAAGUUUGAAAGAAGAUCACUACUGUCUUUCUCCAAAAUUACAGCCCUGCUCAUAGCUGUUGUUUCCUUGUUCAGAGAGUACUACUGAAGUAAAAGGAUCUGCCAUUCAUGUGUAAUCUAGGUAUUGCCACAAGCUUCACAUCUCAGCCUUCCUCCAAGCAAUAUCAACAAGAGAAUAAUUUCCUUUUAUAAUUUGUUUUUAAUUUAUUUGUAUUUAUUUUGACUAAAUACAAUGUUUAACAUGUUAAUCUAAUUACCAAAUCUGAAGAUGAGAUCCUUCCAAAGGGGAAUCUGCACAACAUCAUGCAGCAAUUCAAGUCCACCCUUACAGGCAGGAUUGCUUUGAGAUCAUUUUCCACAUCCAGACAGUUCUUGGAAUCUCUCUUGCAUCUCCAUGAAAGGACAUUGUCUUUGUGAAAUACAAUCCAAUGGGUUAAGAAACAAGUUUUUAUUUCAUUUGUUUUGUAAAUGAAAUACUACUGUAAUGCAUUUUAUUGCAACCUCUGUAUAAGAAAAAGGUGGGGGGGAUUUUUGUGAAGAAUAAAGAGGAACUCCAGUAUAGAAGUGGGUAGAAGUUACUGACACAGAAAAUUUCUGUUGGAAGAACUGUUUGUGGAAGCUAGCAACUUAAAAAUGUGCACUCACUGUUAUAGCAAUGGUAUGUGUUUCUGUGCUGUAUUUUUUUAAUCACAUCUACAACGAACGUUCUUUCAUAUUUGUGUGAUGUAGUCAUUUGGCAGAAUGUUUUUUAAACUAGAUGUUUAAAAAUAGGC